AUGACUAUGUCCGGCGUAACGACAUGCUUGCGUUUCCCGGGUCAGUUAAAUGCUGACCUACGUAAACUUGCGGUAAAUAUGGUCCCAUUCCCGCGCCUACAUUUCUUCGUCCCUGGAUUUGCUCCGCUGUUUGCACGUGAUUCCGCUGCUUAUCGUUCAUUCACGGUGUCCGAACUAACGCAGCAGGUAUUUGAUUCGAAGAAUAUGAUGGCGGCAUGUGAUCCCAGACAUGGACGAUAUCUCACCGCUGCGGUCAUGUACCGGGGACAUAUGCCGAUGCGUGUAUGUUUAUUUUUAAACUUUGCGUCACUUUCAUUUUGUUCCAUUCGUAGGCGGAUUCACGGAGGGCUAGCGCCACAGGCACCAGUUCUACAAAAGUCCGGGUCUAAAGGUAAAGCUGAAGGAAACUCUCUCCCCCAUCCUCGUCCCCUUCCCCCUCCUCCUCCAAGAAGUCCGUCCUGAAU